CGACCUUCCACGACUGCAUUUAAGACGCAAUGUCUGUCUACCCCCCGCCGCCCCAUUCCUAUGGUCAGAUGGGUUAUCCUACGAGCUACGCACAGCGCGGACGCACUGUACCCGCUCCUCAAGGGGCCUACGGCGUACCGCAACCAGGACCAUCGCAUCCCGUCUUUUACGAUCCCAACAGCUUCAGGAGGGACUAUACCUCCCGACUAGCAGAACUCACCAUCAACUCUAGGCCCAUCAUCCAGUCGUUGUCGAUGAUCGCGCAAGAAUACUCUCGUUGGGCAGAAAUCGUUGCGCAAUGCCUCGAGGCGCACAUACGAAGGGUACCGCCAUGGAUGAAGUUACCCGCCUUUUACCUCCUCGACGCUAUAUCCAAGAAUGUUUACGAUCCCUAUGCGCGGUUUUUUACGCCCUUCGUCAUUGGACUCUUCCUCGAAACUUAUCAUCAGGUGGAUCAGCCAACGCGCAGCAAGAUGGAGGAGAUGCUCCUGACAUGGAGAACGGGAGGGCCUCAUGGCAAGGAACUAUUUGGCAUAGGACCUCAAGUUGCCAUCGAACGCGGGAUUUGGGGCAACGACUCGAAUUUCGGCCAACCUCAAGCGGCGCCUAUUUCAAGACAGCAGGUUCUUAGCGAACUGGACUUCACGCUAGGCCAGAAGGAGCGGAUCCUGCAGGCAAACCCGUACGACACUAAUGCUCAAAACCAAGUGAAUGUGUUGCGGCAGUUGCAGUCACUUGUGAAUGUUGGUGUUUCCCAGGGUGAACUGCAACAAAUCCUUACGCAACUCCGCACGCUUGCACGCACGUCCGUUCCUUCGCAUGUGCCACCACCUCCUGUUCCGAAUGCGUACCCUCCUCCGGUAGCGUCGUCUUCGACUGCACCCUACCCCUAUCAGUCGCAGCAGCCUCCCUAUGCUUCCGCACCCCCGCAACAGAUGUACCAGCGAUCGCACGAGUAUUCAUCGGUACUCAGUAAUCCGCCUGUAGCUCCACUUCCAGCCCCUUCCACUGGUAAUACCUCAUCUGCACCCAAUUUAGAAGGUCUGUUUAGUGCCCUCGUCAAAGCCGGUGUAGUGCCACCCAGCACUGGGACGCCUGUCGGCGCUGGUGCGAUUGCGAAGGCUGAAGAGACCAAGUUGGACAUCGCCGACCCCGAACGAGAAGCCUCCCGUCGUUAUAGGAAGCAGAUCCUCAAACACAAGAUCAAAUUGACUAGCGCCGAGAUUACGAAGCAAAGGGCUCCCAUCGUCGAAAUCUUGUAUGAAAGUCUCCCCUCGCAAUGUAAGCAGUGCGGAGUGAGGUUUGCAGACGACACAUUGGGGAAAAAGGCGUUGGAAGACCAUUUAGACAUACAUUUCCGGCAGAACCGGAAAGCCAGUCAGAACGUUGGGCGCGGUCAUAGUCGCAGCUGGUUCAUUAGCAUAGAGGACUGGAUACGUGAUGCAGAAAAUUGGAAAGGCAAGCGACCAAUGGAUGGUUCCAAGCGGCUGACUGCGAGGGAGUCAGCUGCUGCGGAAGCCGCUAAGCUCGACUCUGAACUGCGAGCUCAAUUUGUGGUCGUGCCUCCGGGUGAUGAGGCCAAGACGUUCUCGUGUCCGAUAUGUAAGGAGAACCUGAAGUCCGAGUUUCUUGAGGAUGACGAGGAGUGGGUGUGGCGAAACGCCGUCAAGAAGGACGAUAGGAUCUUCCAUGCGACUUGUCAUGCGGAAGCCGCAUCGUCCAGCACGCUCGCCGCGAGGUUACGGACGGAAACAUCAGGUAGUGGACGAAGUCGUUCUGGAACUCCAGAGACUUCGUCAUCGCGCGCAUCACCAGGCAAGAAGUCUGAAGUGGCGAGGCUAUCGCGGUCUCCUGACUCACGACUGGCAGGAACUAAGCGCAAGGUAGAAUCCCGGGACUCUGUACUAGACGGACGCGGAACGCCGCCGAUGAAGAAAGUGGCGCUCUCUUCUUGAUUUGAGACGGACAGCACAGUUUUGAUACAUUAUUACAUCACAUAGCUAUCGGAACUUCAUCUGUAAUUGUCUACGCACACAAUGAUUUAGAUGUGUAAGCUGG